AUGGCUUCUGGAAUCACCACAGAAGAAUCAGUCGCAAUCAUGCCAAAGAACGACGACAAUCCUAUCUUGUAUAGCAACGUCAAUCAAGAAGAGCUUCAGGUCAAAACAUCGAAGUACCUCCUCAACUAUGGCACCAAAUUCAACAAAGACGUAAUCUGUGGCAGCAGAGGUCUCUACGUGUAUACAGCCUCCGGACACAAAGUGCUCGAUUUCACAUCGGGACAAAUGUCCUGCCUGCUCGGCCACGGACACCCAGAAAUUGUGCAGACAAUCACCGACCACGCAGCAUCCCUAGACCACCUCUUCUCCGGCAUGGUGUCACCCCCCGUGAUCAGCCUAGGCGAACGUCUGUGUAAUCUUCUCCCAACCGGCCUCGACAAAGCCUUCUUCCUCUCCACCGGUGGCGAGAGCAACGAAGCAGCCAUAAAAAUGGCUAAGGUAUACACCGGGAAGUUCGAAAUCGUCGGACUAGGUGGUAGCUGGCACGGCGUGACAGCGCAAGCACUAGGCGCACAAUACCACUUCGGUCGCAAGGGCCAAGGCCCCCUGAUGCCAGGGAUGCUGAUGCUCCCACCACCGAAUGCAUACCGCUCCGUCUUCCGCCGCGCCGAUGGAUCCUACGACUGGGAAGCAGAGAUGGAAUAUGGAUGGCGGAUGAUCGAUAUGCAGUCGUGCGGAUCGCUUGCGGCUUGCAUCGUGGAGUGUAUCCAGUCAUCGGCUGGCAUGCACGUCCUACCACCGGGAUACUUGGCUGCUCUAAAACGGGAGUGCGAGAAACGCGGAAUGCUGUUGAUCGUCGAUGAAGCACAGACAGGCGUCGGUCGGUGCGGAGAUCUAAUGGCUAUCAACCACGAAAACGUCGUUCCUGAUAUCCUUACCCUCAGCAAGACUCUAGGAAAUGGUCUGCCGCUUAGCGCUGUUGUUACGAGCACCGAGAUCGAGCGCGUGUGUGUCGAGCGCGACUUCUGUUUCUACACAACUCAUGUGAAUGACCCACUACCUGCUGCUGUGGGUGACAAGGUGCUUGAGAUUGUGGUGCGUGAUGGGCUGGUUGAACACUCUCGUGCUCUGGGUCAGGUACUUCAUGACCGGCUCAAUGCACUGAAGGAAAAAUAUGGGUGUAUUGGAGAUGUCCGCGGGCGCGGACUUAUGGCAGGAGUUGAGAUUGUUGAGGAUCGCGAGACCAAGACCCCUGCGCUAGCUUUAGGCAAGGCGAUUGGGGAUCGGGCCUAUGAUUUAGGCUUGUGGGCUAAUCUUAGUAGUCAUCCUAGCUUCGGAGGCGCCUUUCGCAUAGCUCCACCAAUCACGAUUACCAAGGACGAGCUGCUUCGUGGCUUGGAAAUCUUGGAAGAGGCAUUUGCAACGACCCCUGGUACUCUACCUGUGUGA